AUGUCCGGCCUACUCACGCUUGGACGCGCAGCCGCGCCGAUCGCGUCGGGAUCGCGCGCGUUCUCCGUCUCCGCCGUCGCGUGCAAGGUCAAGGGCGAGAAGGCCAAGAAGGCCGUCACCGGUCUCCGUAAGAAGCAGGGGACAUCAUUCGGCGCCAAGGGCAAGGGUGCUGCUCGUAGUCCGUCAGCACUCAUCAAGGCCGGCGGACUGAACCUCCGCACCACGCUUGGCAAGGACGCGCCGGACCUCACCGACCUUAUGCAGCUAUACCCCGAGGCUUUGGUUCCGAUGAACGCCGGCGCGCCAGCGACGUUUCCCCGCGCAACAUACGAACACUUCAAGACGUUUGGGCUGGACAAGCGCAUCGCUACCGAGUUUGCUAAUGGCGGCUUGCCCGCCUCGGUGAUUCGGCAGGCCACCCUCGACCUCACCGGCACCCUCAAUGCCGCCAAGGGGAAUAGCUCAAAGGACGCGCGCAUCCUCCUCACCGGCCCGCGCGGUUCUGGAAAAAGCAUGCUUAUGCUCCAGGCGGCUGCGUAUGCUCUCGAGGCUGGCUGGAUUGUGCUCUAUGUCCCUCAGGCCAGCAAGUGGCUCGACUCGAGCUCCCAGUAUGAGUACAACGAGGCGGACAAGAUGUUCCACCAGACCGAGACUAGCCAGCAGCUCCUCACCAAGCUCGCUGCCGUGAACAAGGCCCAGCUGGCAAAGGUCACCCUUUCCGAGGCGGUCAAGGUUGGAUCCGAGACAUUUGCCGCUGGCUCAAAGCUCGCGGACAUUGUUGCCCUCGGCGCAAAGGAGGAACGCCUAGCCGUCCCCGCUCUCGCUGCGACUGUCGACGUGCUGUCCAAACAGACGGCUGUGCCAGUCCUCCUGGCGGUCGACGAGAUGCACGCCCUCUUCCGCACCUCUCAGUUCCGCGCGCCCGACUACACACGGCUCGAGCCGUACAACCUCUCGGUGUCGUCGCUCGUCCUCGACCUCCUUACCGGCCGCAAGGCGUUUGGUGCCGGUGCCGUCAUUGGCGCGCUGUCGUACUCCAACACCGAGUGGCCAGUGUCCGACACGCUUCUCUACGGCGUCGGCCAGCCGACAGUCCACCCCGUCCACGCUUACACCACGCAUGACGAGGUGCACCUCGCCAACGCAAAGUCGGGGAUCAAGACAGUCGAGGUGCCGCUUGGCAUGACGGGCAAGGAGGCCGCUGCAAUGUUCGAGGUGUGGACCCGGAAGGGGUGGGCGACAAAUUCCGCUGAUGACGUGUUCCUCGGCGCCCUCAACGCCGCAUCAGGCAACCCUCGGGAGAUGGCGCGCGGAUGGCUGCAAUCUCACCAGGCCCAUGUCUAG